CAUCCAAGCCCCAAACUAACACCGCAAGUUCCAUCACUUCCCCAUCAAACACCACGCACAGAACCGUCACAAUGGUCAAAGCCGUCGCCGUCCUCCGAGGAGACUCCAACAUCAAGGGCACCGUGACCUUUGAGCAGGCCGACGAGAACUCGCCCACGACCAUCUCAUGGAACAUUACGGGCCACGAUGCCAAUGCUGAGCGUGGCAUGCACGUCCACGCCUUUGGCGACAACACAAACGGCUGCACUUCUGCUGGGCCUCACUUCAACCCUCACAACAAGACGCACGGCGCCCCCGACGAUGAGGAGCGCCACGUCGGCGACUUGGGCAACUUCAAGACGGACGCCCAGGGCAAUGCUCAGGGCUCCGUUACCGACAAGCUGAUUAAGCUAAUUGGCUCCGAGAGCGUUAUCGGCCGCACCGUUGUCGUGCACGCUGGAACCGACGACCUUGGCAAGGGCGGCCACGAGGAAUCCAAGAAGACUGGCAACGCCGGUGGUCGUCCUGCCUGCGGUGUCAUUGGCAUCUCCAAUUAAGCAUGCAUGGGCUUUGCAAGACGCUACACCUUUUUUUUUUAAAAAAAAAAUAUAAAAUGAUGCCCCUUGACAUAUUACUUGUCAAUGUGUGUGUGUGUGUGUGUCUUAUGGGGAAAGCUCAUCAAAAGGGACAGUGUCGAUGCAAUCUAAAUUGGCUUCAGUGGUCGUUUGUAUCGUUGUAGCUAAAUCACAAUC